GUUUCGAAAUCAUGUUUUGCUACUAAUUGCUGACAAUCUUUUAGAUUUCCAUAUGUUCGAUUUUUCUCAUUGAAUAUUCGCUCACAUAUACGUCUUAAUAACGAUGGUCGUAGACAUAUGUCUGUUUGAUCAUUACAAUAAUGCAUACAUGAUACACAUUUACCGGAUUUUAAUCUCGUAUAUCUAAACAAAAUAAAUUAUACAAAAAAACUACUUAUAUUUACUUUACGAUACGUACCCAAGUUUUGCGUCAUUACAAUUCACAUCUGAAAAUGAUGGUAAACAAAUAAAUUAUUGAAACAUAAACACACACACUCAGAAGCAGUUGAAAUAGUGUUACCUUCUCGAGUGGCUGAUAUACGAAGAGAAAAAAUAUAUGUGAAUAUAAAUAUCAAUGUAUAACAGUAAUGAAAUACCAUUUAUAAAGAAAUUCACUUUCUGCAUUGACAAAAAUUCAAAUUCAUUAUUUAUCUGCAAAAAAGAAGAAAAGAUAGACAUGUGUUUGUUAUUAAUUCAAUUUUCUUUUCAUUCUGUUUAUUAGAUUUGAAUAUAUCAAAUUUUUAUUAUUUUUAGUUUUAUACAAAGUGAAAGUCAUACAAAACUUUCUUUUCGCUGACCUGAAUUAAGAAGCGAAUCGACUCGAUUCAUGCAGCUGAUAUAGAUACAACUGAUGUUUGCGCUUUUUAGAUUGAAGUAACAUAUUUCACUGUAAUUCCAAUUGUCACUCAAAAACACUGAUAAAAGACCAGUGUUUUUUUAAUAGCAUGGUGGACAAGCGGACUUGUCACUAGUUUCUAUAAAGAUAUUUAAAUUUUUCCUAUAAGACGAAUAAUCUAUUGCAUCAAAAUGUUCUCUGUUUUUUCAUACAGUCCGUAAGAUCAUGAAAUAUCAGUCUGGUAAAAAGAAUAUAAAUUUCCCCAGUAGUCCUUAUUCCAAUUUCUCAUUAUUAUAUCAUCCGUCUAUGGAGUUAGCACGGCUAAGCAUCAAGAAAAGAACUUAAUUUAUAAAGAAUAGAACGGCGAGCGGGUUCAGCUUUCUAUUUUGUUUAGUAGGAAAAUCCUUCAAAAAAAUUGCUCUUUACUUAUAUUUCUAACGUUUGUUUCUCAUUGACAACACUGUUCCGAAGUGUCACGGUAAACGUAUAACAAUGUCGUGCUAAAAAUAUUAAAAUAAUAUUGUCACACUUUUAGCAUGACAUUGUUAUACAUUUAGCGUGACAUUUCCGGACAAUGUAAUUAGAACAGGAACUAUAAUUCAAUUCAUUGAUAUUCUUCUCGCAACAAAAGAUAAAAUUUGUGUUCAACUGAUUUCACCGUUGAUUCAAUAAUUCAACCAAUAGGAUUCUGAAUAUUAGCCUCGAAUAGUCUUUAUCUGCUUUUAACAUGAAAAUUAAACUACUGAGCUAUCUCAAUCAAAAUAGAUUUAUAGCAAUGUUGUUUGUCUUUUAAUGAUAACUAAAGUCAACCAUAAUACGGUCUUGAUUAAGUCUCAUACUUAUUCAAAGCUAAUGGCGUGGCUUCCUAGUGAAAGCCAUGUUCUUCGAAGCCCACGCAUUUUGUACCCUAUCAUAAUGUAGGAAAUAAAAGAGUAAAAUUAAAUAAGGUUUAGCUGUCAAGUAUUGCUUUUCUUUCAAGGUUCCAGUUUCAUAUUGAAACAAAAUUUUAGAUUAGUGAAUAGUGUAUGUAGAUUUAGUGUGACUACUAGACAACUACUCUAAACAUAUCGAAAUAUUUAAGCGAGACAGUAAAUAAUAUGGAAACAGUUGAACAAAACGAGGUAUACAGUCUUCUUCAAACUCGUUUGACUUGAGUAUUUUUACGUCUCUAUACCACUGUUUUUAGACAAAUGGAACAACAACGACAAUUGUUCCAGUAGCACCAAAUCCCUAUUUAAUAAGAGAAAAAUGUUUUAUUUGUCAAAAAUUAAAUCCAAAUGUGAAUAACAACAAUGUAGAAACAAUUAAUGAUGAAAAUAAUAAUGAAAAAUGUACUAAAUUGUUAUCAUCAAAAACUCCAUUCAGUACAAUCUCAAAAUUGCCAUUGUGGACGUGCCCGGAGUGUGAGCAGAAACUAUUAACAGAAGAAGAAAAUACUAAAAUGAAAGAAAUGAAUGUGACAUCGGUAGUAAAUAGCGUUGAUGAACAUGAUAAUGGAAAUGAACCACGUCCGAUGAUUGUUGUUCCAAUGGAAGAUGAUGAUUUCUGUGAUGAUUUAGUUACUUCAUCAACGUUACCAACAAAUUCAACGACGAAUAAUGCCGCUCAUCAGACGUGUUGGUGUGCAUCAUGUAGACAACAACAGUCACAAUCUCAACAAGAUGAAACAGCUACACCAUCAUCUUCUUUCGAUCAUGAAGAUGAUAUUGAACAAAUUGCAAAUGGAUUUCAACAAUUAUGGCACGACGUUGCACAUAUUGUUAAGUGUAUUUAUAGAGAAACGGAAUCGGAAUUCCUUGAAAACCAUUCUCAAACUGAAUUAGCCAAAGCUCGUGAAGAUGUAAUGCGUUUAACAUUGUAUAAUCCAUCGUCAUUAUUUUCAAAAUUAGAAUCAAUUGUAUUGGAAUAUGUUGAUGAAAUUCGUAAUCAAGUUUUAAAACGAUUUCAAACAUGUUCAAAAACAUCUCAUGACGUUCAAUUAUUUAUAUUAUUUUUAUUAGAUGAAUAUUCAACAUUUACGCAAGCAGCUGAAAAUGUUUCGACAAUUGUCGCUGAUCUAGAAGAACAUUAUUUGAAAGAAUUUUAUCUUACAUGGAUGUUAUACAAUAAACAUUUGUAUGAAAAACUCAUCUAUAUGGAUCGUAAAAUUCAAUAUUCAAUGUCAGCGAUUAUCGAUUUAUUACAACCAAAUGAGCAAGAUGAUUAUUCACCAGCUGAAUAUACUCUUUUAUUAAAUCGAUUUUUGGCAUUUGAUGAAGAAAUGUCUGAAAUAGCAUGUCUAUACAAAGAAUGUGAAAUAAAAAUGAAUAUGAAACGAAAAGAAGAACUAUUUCAAAAUGUACAACAAAAGAAAAAACAACAACAACAACAACAACAUCAAGUAGAAGCAACAAUGACAAAUGGUAAUACAUGUGUCAAAGGAAAAGAAAAACAACAAAUAUCAAAAGAAAUAGUAACACCCUUAACAAUUAACAGUGGAACAAAACGAAAAAGACAAAAUACAGAUCCGAAUAAGGAGAAGACAGUAAAUGAACAGACAAAACAAAUAGAAUUGGAAAAAAAUGGACCGUUAUCAAAUGCGAUAGGAAAACAUUCAGUUGAUACAAAGGAUGACAAUUCAACAGAUGAUACUCGAAGUUAUACAAUUGAUGAUUUAGAAGAUUUGGAUCAAGGCGAAGAAGCCGAUGAAGAGGAUUUGGAUGACGAAGAUCAAGAAGAUGAGAUGGAUGAAGAUGAAGAGGAAGAUUUAUUGGAAGAAGAAUGUGACGAACAUGAUCAAGGAAAUAAAUAUGUUGGAAAAAAUAUGGAUUGGUUACAAGAAUUGAAUGAAACAAAAGAAUUUAAAGAAUGGAUUAAAAAAGUGAAGAAAAAUGACGAAAAGAAAAUUCAGGAAACACUAAGAAUACACAAUAAUAAACAAAGGGAUGAGAAUACAAAAGUUCUUUCGGAACAAGCAAAAUUUGAUUUAACAUUACCAAUGACAACUACAUCACCUAUUACAGUUAUAUCCAAGGAUAGUGAUGAGAAAACAACAUCGAUAUCUGAGAAAAUGUUACCAACUGUUUCUGAUUUGAAAGUCGAAGAUUUAACAAUAAAUUCAAGAAGUAAAAAAGCAAAAUCAAAACGAAAAAAUAAAACAUCUGCACCAACGACAACAAUAUCAUUUGCAUCUUCUACUGAUACAAACAAAGCAAAAUGUGAUCUAUUAAAAUCUUUGCCAACUCCAUCGAUAAAACCAACUCUAAAAUUUCCAUGUGGUACAACAUGUACUACAUCAAGUCUAACAAUACCGAAUUUUGGUUUGUUAACAAAAGAAGAGUUGAUUCUACCACCACGAACACCGCUUUCUUUAGCAGAUUUAACGGCACAAUUUCAAUCUGUCUCAUUUACAGCUGGUACAUUUGGUUCAAUAACAAAUUCAUCAGGCUCAUCUUCUUCAUCUUCUUCUUCUACAUCUUCAACAUGUUCAUCAAAGAAAAUUUCAGCAACAACUUCGGGUAGUUUAACGACUACAACAACGUCUCAAGGUGCAACACGCUUAAGUAUAAAUUUGACACGAAAACCAACUUCGACUGGAAAUAAUUCUUCAUCCUCAUCAGGAUCUAAUAACAAUUCAAAUCGUAUAGCAGCUAUUAUCAGUGAAUUAACUGGAAAUGGAAGUGGUGAUGAACAAAUACAGUCGCAUAAACAUGAAAGUCAAGUAACACAUAUAAGGAAAAAAGAUGCUCAAUUUAAGAAAAAACAACAAUCAAAACAUAUAACAACAACGACCACAACGUCGAUAAGUUGUGGACAAAUGAAUCAAAAUGGAACGUGUACACAAGCAUCACUCAUUGUAUCUGGUUCAACUGGUUCCCCGUCCAUUUGUUGUUCUUCUCAACUUACAGCUCCAAAUCCAUCGAAAGAAAAUGUAUCAUCUUCACCUUCUUAUUAUACCGAAGCGUUAGAUCAUCUAUUACGUCAUGCUGCUUCGUCUAUUGAAGUUAGUGAAUCGGCUCUUCAUUCUUUAUUAGCUUCAUUGCGUUCACCACAAUCUGUUGAACAAUUAACAUCUUCAUCGUGCACUACAUCCUCGUUGCCAAUGACAUGUCCAGCAACUACAUCAUCGAAACAAGAUCAAGAAAAACGUUCAUCAUGUACAUCCACACCACCAGCAAUUCAAGCACUUAUUCAACAAAAUAAAAUAUCAGCAACAAAAGAAACGUGUAAAGAUGAUGGAAAUAAUAAUAAUAACAGUCAAAAACAUUGUGAUUUUUGUUAUUGUGAACUUCUUGAACAUGUUAGUCCAAAUGGAGCAUCAUCAAUUCAUUUGACUGGUAAUGGUACUGUGUGCGCAUCGAUUGGUGGUAGUUCGAGUCAACGUAAUGCAGAAAUUCGAGAAAAAUUAAGAUUAAGAUUAACAAAACGUCGAGUACAAGCAUCACAAGCCGAUACAGCGUUAACCACUUCGACUCCAUCGUGUUGUCAAGCACUCACGACACCGGUUGCAACGAAAAAGAUGACUGAUGAUACAACUAGCGAACAAGAGCAGCAUUUACCUUUGUGUAUUCAAAAGCAAAAAGCACAAAUGAAAGAAAUGGAAAAGAAAACAAAUGUAUUCGCUAUGACAGCUCAAACAACGGUCUCAUCAACAACACGAGGAAAAACUAAUAAUCUAUUAGUAACUCCUGCAUCUCAAAACAAACUUAAAGAUAAUAAUGUCACGAAUGCACCAAUAACAAAAGCAAAUACAAAUGUUAAUGCAAAACAAACGGUUACGGCUAUGAAAACGGCAGCAGCAACUACAACAACUUCAAAGAAUAAUCAAGCAUCAACAACUAAAACUUCGCAAGGAACAUCACCGACGACACUUACAACCAAUAGCGAAACAAUUGAAGUAAAAAAAGUGAUCAAUAAUAACAACAUUCCUCCUUCGACUAAUUCUUCUUCGACGUUGCCGAAAUCAAACUCUGAAACACAAACACGAAUAUCUGCAUCAACAACUACUACAAAAACAAUACCAUCUUCUGCCACAACAACUCAAAUGACUCCUGUAAAUGAAAUAGAUGAAUUGAUACGAUAUAUUAAUGCUGAAGAAAAAAAUGAUCAAUCAACAGCAACGAAUGCAUCUACGGGUAGUGCGGCUAAUUCUGGAGACGUUAAAAAAUCAAAAAAGAAAAAACAACAAAAAGCAAUAGGAGCAACAACAGAUGAGGGAAGAGACGAAAAAUUAAAAACAAAUAAAACUACAACGAAUGAACAACAGAUCAAAAUAAUAGAUAAACCGCAAGCAAAUCUAACGCAAACUACAAGUCAACAGGCACAGACAUCACAACAACAAAAGAAUUGUUCUACUGUUGUUACUGCUCUCCCGACGGCUACACCUGCAAAAACAAAUGAAACUAGUACUGAUCAACCGUCUACAACGACGAAAAAGAAACGAUCUAAAAAACAACAACAACAACAACAAAGUGAGCCAACAGCUACAAAACUGGAAGAAUCACCAAAACAGUCUAAAAUCGUGAAUAAAACAACGCAGGAUGAAGUCAUUAUUGAUGUUAUAAAACCCGUUUCAUUAACGAAAAAAGAACAGAAAAAGAAAAAGUCGGUAGUCAUUCCUGAACCACAAAAAUCGGAAAUUGUGAAUGAAGAUCGGUCAACACCUUCACCACCCGUAACAACACUACCAAAACAAGACGCACAAAUACAACAGUCAUCGUCUAUGACUGAAGAACACUAUUCACAACCAUCUCAAGAAGAAGAAGUCAAUUGGAUAACUAUAUCGAGGAAGCAAAAAUUACCUAUUCAAUCAACAACUACUCAAAAAUCUACUCAUUAUCAAUCUCAGUAUGUUCAUCCGAAUUCAAACAAUACUAAUACAACGACGAGUAAACGUCAAUUAAAUCCGAAUAGUAAUAAUAAAACAAGCAAUAGUUCGAAAUCAUCAGCAAUAACAAAAUCUUCAUCGACAACUAGUACAAACACCUCGUCUAAAUUGCAUACAUCAAAUAAUCAUUAUCAAUCAACUCAAAAAGAUCAACAGCAGCAACAACACUAUUCUGCAACAACUCAGGUUAAUGAUUCAACGUAUUAUAAUGCUUUAAGAUAUAUGGCUGCUCCGCCUCCACCUCGUCUACAAAAUUUGCUAAAAAAUCAUGCAUCCCACCAGACAAGGUAUCAAAAUCAACUAUCACAAAAUAAUCAGGAAGAUAGUAGUACAGAAACGAAUUAUGGUGACACAUCAUCAUCCUUUCAUAAUUCAUCAUGGAAUGAGCAUGAACAACAACAAGUAACUCAGCCAAUAUCACAAGUGAAUUCAUCGCAGCAUGUUAUUAGAAAUCAGAGUGCUUCACCAUCACCUUCAUCGAAUUAUAUUCACGUGCCAUUACAACAAGCUCCAACUGGGAAUAUUUCUGUUGCUUCUGGUCAAGCACCGAUAAUUCCAUCAUUGCUCGAAGAACCUUCUAUGAUUGAACAAGAUCCAUCGUACUGGAUGAUUAUCAAUCAUCAAGAUGUUGUUCAAUCGCAAUCGCAAUCUCAACAACAACAACCAAUUCUUUAUGAAUCAUCUCAACAACAAUAUCAUCCGUCGUCUAUCGAUUCAAAUAAAGUAAUUCAACGUCCACAAGUUCCAUUAGGUCCAAUUCAUCCUCCAACAUCUGCACCACAUUCUUUAUAUCAACAGCAACUAUCACAAACUCAACAUACAUUUUCACCAGCUCCAGGUACACCAGUUCCAUCUCAAUCAUCCUCUUCCACAACGUUAAUUAAUCGCUGUAUCCAACGUCCGAAUUCAAGCGCUUCUCCAAAUCUCUCUCAUCACCAACAAACAUUAAGUCCUCAACCAUCUUCCACUUCAUCGUAUCCUCUCUAUUCCCCAAUGAAUUACGCUCAAAUGAAUGGUGAUUCACAAUCUCCAUUUCGUCAAUGGAAUGAUAAACAGGAACAAUGGAAAUAUCGACAACAAUUACAAUCUUCAGCACAACCGUCGUCACCUUCUUAUCCUCUUUAUGAUCCAUUUGCAAGCGGAAUUCAAAAUCCUACAGUACAAUAUUUCGAUUCUCAACGGUAUGAUCAAGAACAACAACAACAAUAUAGACGAAUGAUGGUUAAACAAGGGCUAAUUCAAGAGAAUAAUAUGACUGAUGAAGAUAUAUUUAUGCCUCGUGUUGAUGCCACUACUGAUGAUAUGGAUGUAUUGGAUAGGGAAAUUGAAGAAUUUAAAAAAUUUUGUCUUGAAAGUAAACCAUUAGAACAACGCGAAAAAGUGGCUGUUAAUGUUGACCAAUGUUUUAUACGUCAAUCGUAG